AUUGUGGGAUUGAAACGGUGCUUGCAAUGGUGACUGCUGGAGCCGUAAGAACUACGGGUGAAACUGAGAAAUAUUAACCAUAUAAAUGUCACUAGAAUUGUGCUAGUGAUGAUAAUCUAUGACACCACCGUCUAGGCGUUUUUGUUGUGGACAAGUUUAUGCCCGUGUCAUCCCCUCCAUUCUGUAUGGGCAAAGUAGAAAACUGGAAUAUUGACUUGUGUCAGUGGACGCUUGCUGAGGUCCAUACGGUUUUUCGUUUUCAAAGGGGCUGAAUAAGUAGGCCGGGAACCAGUAUCUUACGAUUGCAUUCAUUAUUAUUUCAAGAUUUGAUAUUUGGGUCGAAUACAUAAUCCAAAAUGUCGACUAGUAGCCCCGAAGCGGUGAAGAAAUUACUCGAGAACAUGCAAACGGAUCUGCGGUCCCUGUCAAUGGAAUGCAAGAAGAAAUUCCCCCCAGUCAAAGAGGCUGCUGAGUCUGGGAUAGUCAAGAUCAAGACCAUCGCCGCGAGGAAUUCAGACAUCUUGGCAACUCUGAAGGAGAACAGCUCGGAGGUAGUACAGCCGUUCCUGAUGGGCUGUGGCACCAAGGAGCCCAAGAUCACCCAGCUGUGUCUGGCUGCUAUCCAGAGACUCAUGUCCCACGAGGUGGUGUCUGAGGCUGCAGCAGGGAACAUCAUUAACAUGCUGUGGCAGUUGAUGGAGAACGGGCUGGAGGAACUGAAGCUGCUGCAGACUGUGUUAGUGCUGCUCACCACCAACACAGUGGUACAUGACCAAGUCCUGUCCAAGGCUAUCGUGCUGUGUUUCCGCCUGCACUUCACCAAGGACAACAUCACCAACAACACAGCCGCCGCCACCGUCAGACAAGUAGUCACCGUGGUAUUCGAGAGGAUGGUCGCGGAGGAUGAGCGCUUCAAAGACAUCGUGGACCAGCCUCCUCCAGUCCAGGGUAACACUAACCGGAGGUCUGUUAGCACCCUGAGACCCAGUGCUAAAGACGCCUACAUGCUGUUCCAGGACCUAUGUCAGCUAGUAAAUGCUGAUGCCCCCUACUGGCUGGUAGGGAUGACAGAGAUGACACGGACGUUUGGUCUGGAGCUCCUGGAGUCGGUCCUCAAUGACUUCCCUAGGGUCUUCCUGCAGCACCAGGAGUUCAGCUUCCUGCUGAAAGAGCGCGUGUGUCCGCUGGUCAUCAAGCUGUUCUCCCCCAACAUCAAGUUCCGUCAAGGCAACAGCAGCGCCGCCUCCCCAGCCCCUGUAGAAAAACCCUACUUCCCCAUCUGCAUGAGGCUGCUCAGAGUGGUAUCUGUGCUCAUCAAACACUUCUACAGCCUACUGGUGACAGAGUGUGAGAUCUUCCUGUCUCUGCUGGUGAAGUUCCUGGAUGGAGAGAAGCCUCAGUGGCUUAGAGCUGUGGCUGUGGAGUCAGUCCACAGGCUGUGUGUGCAGCCACACCUGCUACGGUCUUUCUGCUUGUCCUAUGACAUGAAGCAGCACUCCACCAAGGUGUUCAGGGACAUCGUCAAUGCUCUGGGCUCCUUCAUCCAAUCCCUCUUUAUUGUCCUCAACACAGGAAAUCCUGCUGCUACCAACACUUCCACCGGUGGGUCAGGGGCCCAGGGGGCUGCCCAGGGGGCUGCCCAGGGGGGUCUAGGCGCAGGAGGUCAGGGUGGGAGUCUAACCACACAGGCUGCCUUUGAGUACCGCGGUACCUGGAUCCCCCUCAUGACCGUCAGUGUUCAGGGCAGCGCCAAGGCUACCUAUCUGGAGAUGUUGGACAAGGUGGAGCCCCCGUCUAUCCCAGAGGGUUAUGCUAUGUCUGUGGCCUUCAGCGCCCUGCUGGACCUGGUCCGAGGCAUCACUUCCAUGAUAGAGAGAGCGUUGGCCAAGGAGGAGGAGGAGGCUGUACGCAGGGAGGCCAACCCAGACCAGAACACCCAGCUUGAGCCUGGGGCCCAUCUGGUAUGGGAGGAGAUGGUCAGUGCGUGUUGGUGUGGUCUACUGGCUGCGCUCUCUCUCCUGCUGGACGCCAGUACAGAUGAGACUGCGACAGAGAGCAUCCUGAAGGCAGAGCUGAACGUGGCGGCGCUGUGUGGUCGCCUGGGCCUCGUGACGCCCCGCGACGCCUUCAUCACAGCCAUCUGCAAGGCCUCGCUGCCCCCACACUACGCCCUGACUGUCCUCAGCAGUAAUACAGCCAACCUUAACAAGGCCUACUCCAUCCAGGGCCAGAGUGUUCAGAUCAUCAGUUCCUCCAGUGAGUCUCAUCAGCAGGUGGUGGCUGUGGGACAGCCUCUCUCUGUACAGCCCCAAGGCACUGUAGUGCUGACAGCUAAGAAUAUCCAGUGUAUGCGGACCUUGUUGAACCUGGCCCACUGCCAUGGGGUGGUGCUGGGAACCUCCUGGCAGCUGGUGCUGGCCACGCUGCAGCACCUGGUGUGGAUCCUAGGUCUGAAGCCUGGGGUUGGAGGUGCUCUGAAGCCUGGUCGUGCAGUAGAGGGGCCAAGCACGGUGCUGACCACGGCUGUGAUGACGGACCUGCCAGUCAUCUCAAACAUCCUGUCUAGGCUCUUUGAGAGCUCCCAGUACUUAGACGACGUGUCACUGCAUCACCUAAUCAACGCACUGUGCUCCCUCUCUCUGGAGGCUGUGGAGAUGGCCUAUGGAAAUAACAAGGAGCCGUCUCUGUUUGCUGUUGCCAAGCUGCUGGAGACCGGCCUGGUCAACAUGGACCGUAUAGAGAUCCUGUGGAGGCCCCUCACUGGACAUCUACUGGAGAAGGUCUGCCAGCACCCCAAUGCCAGAAUGAGAGAGUGGGGGGCUGAGGCUGUGACCUCCCUAAUCAAAGCUGGCCUGGCCUACAAACACAACCCCCCUCUGGCACAGAACCAGAGGCUGCAGCUCCUGUUGUUGAACCCGCUGAAGGAGCUGUCCAACGUGCUCCAUGCAGACAUCCGUCAGAAGCAGCUGGAGAGCGUGCUGCAGAUCCUCCAGAGCCAAGGGGACAGUCUGGGGCCCGGCUGGCCCUUAGUGCUGGGCGUAAUAGGCGCCAUCCGCAACGACCAGGGAGAGUCAUUGAUCCGAACAGCCUUCCAGUGCCUGCAGUUGGUGGUGACUGACUUCCUCCCCACCAUGCCUUGCGCGGGCCUCCAGAUCGUAGUGGAUGUAGCUGGCAGCUUCGGCCUCCAGAACCAGGAGCUCAACAUCAGCCUCACCUCCAUAGGACUCCUGUGGAACAUCUCCGACUACUUCUUCCAGAGGGGCGAGGCCAUCACCCAGGAACUAGAGAGGGAGGAGGCCGCGCUGCAGAAGCAGGCUCAGGAAAAGGGUGAGCCCUUGAACAGGCCCUUCCACCCGGCCCCUCCCUUCGACUGCCUGUGGCUGUGUCUGUACGCCAAGCUGGGCCAGCUGUGUGUGGACCCCCGGCCCGCCGUCAGGAAGAGCGCCGGUCAGACCAUGUUCUCCACCAUCGCUGCCCACGGCACCCUGCUGCAGCAGCCCACCUGGCACAUCGUGGUCUGGAAGGUUCUGUUCCACCUGCUGGACUGUGUGAGGAAGUCUUCCACUACGGCCGAUAAGGAAAAGAUUGAGUCGGGGGGCGGGAACAUCCUCAUCCACCACUCACGGGACACAGCUGAGAAACAGUGGGCGGAGACCUGGGUGCUGACGCUGGCAGGGGUGGCUCGUAUCUUCAACACCAGGAGAUACCUGCUGCAGCAGCUAGGUGACUACUUCAAGGCGUGGGAGGUUCUGUUGGACCACAUCCAGUCUGCUGCCCUCAGUAAGAACAGUGAGGUCUCCCUGGCCGCGCUCAAGUCCUUCCAGGAGAUCCUCCAGAUCGCCACACCCGUCAAGGACUCCGCCAUGCCCAACGACGCUCUGGCUGCCAUGGGUGCCCCCGUCCUCAUCGACCCCCUCAGCGCCCCGGGCCCCGGCAGACCCCUGCUGCGCUCCGACUCGAUGCUGGAGAGGCUGACGAGCUACAACUGCGCCGAACUCCAGGCCCCUCCCCCAGGGGAGGAAUCGGCACUGGAGGAUGCGGCGCUGUGGUGGUCGGCGUGGAACACCUGGUACCGGACGGGCACAGACAGCACGAGGCCCCCUAGUGGCGGGACGGGGACAGACAGACCCUCCUUCGUCCCCAGCCAGCCCUUCCUGACAGCGUUAGUCCAGAUCUUCCCUGCCCUCUACCAGCACAUAAAGACUGGCUUCAGCAUGGAGGACCUGAGGAAACUGGGGGUGAUCCUCCACGGGGCCGUGUCCAUACCCAUCAGCAGUGACGCCUCGCCCUUCAUCCUGCCCUCUUACACAGAGGCUGUCCUCACCAGCCUGCAGGAGGCUGUGCUCACCGCGCUCGAUGUGCUGCAGAAGGCCAUCUGUGUGGGCCCAGAGAACCUGCAGGUCAUGUACCCAGCCAUCUUUGAACAGCUGCUCCUCUUCGUCGAGUUCUCCUGCAAACCCCCCCAGUACGGCAAGAUGGAAACCAAACAUGUGGCCAACGCUAAAUACAACCAGAUCCAGCUGUUUACACCGGCAGAAUGGGUUGCCUUAAACUACGUGCCCUUCGCUGAGAGGUCCCUGGAGGUGGUGGUGGACCUCUACCACAAAACAGCCUGUCACAAAGCUGUCAUCAACGAGAAAGUCCUACAGAACAUCAUCAAGACCCUGCGGAUGCCCCUGGGCCUAAAGUAUGGGUGUCCGUCAGAGAGCACGUGGAAGCUAGCUGUGUCAUCCCUGCUCAAGGUGCUGUCCACCGGGCUGCCCGUGGCCCGUCAGCAUGCCUCCUCUCGAAAGUUUGACACAAUGUGGCCAGAGCUGGCCAAUGCCUUCAAAGACUUCCUUUUCACCAAAAGCACACCUCCAGACAAUGUGUCCAUCCAGGAGUUCCAGAAGAAUGAAGCCAUUGACGUUGAGGUGGUGCAGUUGAUCAGCACAGAGAUCUUGCCGUUUGCCAUCUUCAUUCCCAAAGACUUUGUUGGCCAGAUUAUGGCCAUGCUUAAUAAAGGAUCCAUUCACUCACAGUCCUCCUCAUUCACAGAGGCAGAGGUAGACGUGCGGAUGCGGGAGGAGUUCUCCAAAGUGUGUUUUGAGACGCUGCUCCAGUUCUCUUUCAGUAACAAGGUGUCCACGCCACAGGAGGGCUACAUCUCCCGCAUGGCCCUCUCCGUGCUCCUCAAGAGGUCCCAAGACGUGUUGAGGCGCUACGUGGACGAUGAGAGGCUGAGUGGACGCUGCCCACUGCCCAGUGGACAGAGGAUGAAGCUUGAUUGCCAACUUCUCAGGCAACAAGUGACGGAAAUCAUCUUUGUCUUAAAAGCUAUCAGCACUUUGAUGGACUCACUUAAAAAGACCCAGCCAGAAAACGUGGAUGGGACCACGUGGGCCCAGGUCAUUGCACUGUAUCCUACCCUGGUGGAGUGCAUCACCUGCUCCUCCUCUGAGGUCAGCUCAGCGCUGAAGGAGGCCAUGGGGCCCUUCAAAGACUUUAUGCAGCCCCCUGUCUCCAGAGUUCCAAACGGAGAGUCCUGACUGUUCCAACCCCUUUUUAUAAUGAAGGAAUUCAUAAUGAAUGUGUCCUCCUGAGACCCAAACACACACUUCUUCACACAAGUGGAUGGAAGGAUAGACGGACAGACUCUUUUACUUCAUAUGAGCCCAUCUAACAGACAGUAACCAGUGGCAACUGAACUCCCCCGGCAACUGCUCGGUCCACAACGACAACUCUGACUUGCUACACACGACAUCAUCAAUGUAUGCUUCUAAUACACGCUGGUUGAUACCACCUCUCAUUCUGACUGGCUGGACUUGUGUAUUAACUGCUACAGUAAAACAAUUGCAGUGUUUUCGUUUGUUUUAUUUUGAUUUCUUGAAAAGAGUCGAUGUACAGUGUGUGGUUAGUGUUGAUGUAAUUAAGAAAAAACUAAAAGUACUGGGGCUAUAUGGACCUUUAAAAAGAUUGAGAGGGGGAAAGAUGAUUACCUUUUUGUGAAGUUUUUAACAUCUAGGAUUUUAUUCCAAGUCUUACUGUAACAUUCCAUGUCAUCUUUUAGCUGACCUGAGAAGGGUACUUGUCUGUAUAAAAUAAAUGGGAGAGUUCUACAAACAAUUAAAUUAUUUAUGUUUGUGCCUC